AUGGGUAAACAACUUUGUGUGAUGGUGUUACUCUUAACUCAAGGGUUCGUGGGACUAUAUGGAGACAUUAUACAACUGCACCCAGUUGUAUCAGUUCAUGAAGGAGGUCCUGUGGUUUUAUCCUGCUUUAUUAAAACAAAACAAAUAAGUAUGGUAUCGUGGUACAAGCAAGUCACUGGAGAAGAACCACGUCUCAUUGCUUCCUCACUUCUCCUUUCACCAAAAAGCCAAUUUCAUGAUGAAUUUAACAGCAAUCAUUUUGAUGCUGUAAGAGGGAGUGACAGUUAUAAUCUGACAAUUGGGAAUGCCUUACAAUCAGAUUCAGGCACGUACUAUUGUGCUUUCUCUUUCUCUAAUAUAAUUAACUUUGGAAAUGGCACUCGUCUGGUUAUUAAAGGAGCAGAAAUCAACAAACCCACGAGUCUAAAGUUGCCCAAGACUGAACUUGUUAAAUCAGAGGUAAAUGUGCCUCUACAAUGUUCAAUUCAAAAUGAGUUAGUGAGCGGUGGAGGUGAAAAUCGUCUCUACUGGUUCAAACAUGGAUCAGAAGAAUCUCCUCCAGGAUUAAUUUAUGUUCAUGGAAACACAAGUGAUGGAUGUGUGAGGAGCUCUGAAGCUGACUGUCUUUCACCAACCUGUGGGUACAACCUCCCAAAGAAAAGUUCAGUUCCUCACAAACGGAAUUACUGUGCACUGGCCACAUGUGAGGCUUUAUUUGGAAAUGUUUCUAAACACAAUCCUGACAACUUUGAGAUUCAGAAUAUACUAUUUUACAUUAAAACUGGCCUUGCAGCACUACUGGCGAUAAGUUUUACCAUCAAUAUUCUACUUUGUUGUCUGAGGAAAAGUGGUAAAAAAUCUCAGCAGAUACAGACUACUGAUGAGGAUGAUAAUGAUGAUGUGUCAAUGAAUAAGAACAGGGAAAUGACUUACGCUACUGUACAAAUCUCCACCAAACACUCAAGAGUGAAGAAGAAGAGCCAUAAUGAGGACACACUAUAUUCUGGUUUAGCAUGCCAACAGCAAAGCUGAAAACUACUUUAUACUACCAUAUUUGCAGUAUUUUGUUUGUAUUGCUCUGUCAACACGCGUUUGCUUACAUUUUAUUCACAACAAAGUAUUCUUACUUAAGUAAAUCAAAUUCAUUUAGAUUUUUCUGCAUUAGCGUAGCGACAUAAAACUGCAAAAGCACACUAUACAAAGUACAGACAAUUUAAUCAUAAAUAUCUGUUAAACAAUUUUCAUAUGAUCUGCUCUUACUUUCCAAUGACCCUCUAUGGUCCAGAAAUCAUGUAUUUUUGUACAUAUUUAAUAUUGUACAUAUGCUAUAUGUGUGUAAACCCGUAAAUGUAAAAAAGAGAGAAAUGCUUGCUCAGGAAAAUAAAGAUAUAGUACAAAUUUCUCACAAAUUACUGUAGCAACAAACAACAUAAAGCCACGCUCCUCAACACAGUUUUCAAAAAAAAGACAUUGAAAUAACAAUGUCAUGGUACAAUAAUUUUUAAAUAUGGUGCCGUAUUUUACUAUUGCUGCAAGUAUUCAAAAAAAAAAAAAAAAAAUCCCCCUCCUUCCUCACUGCCAUUAUAUUUAUAUUGAUGUUUGAAUGAAAAAAAAAAAAAUCUAAUUUCAGAAUUUUUUCUCUCCCAAAAAAAAACAAAAGUUUUGUUGCACAAUCAAUAAUUAAUACAAGUAAAUGUAUAUAUUUUUGAUGAUUGUAUAUAUAUAUUCAGAAACAAAAAGGGAACAUUCUACUUAAGGACGACCUUUAGUCCCAUUGUGCUGACUAAGGCAAAAAACACUCAUUACGUUCUCACACAUGCUUGUUCAGAUUAAAGUGUCUAUGUAUAGUCCUGAGUGGCCUUACCUAUUAAAAAUCAGUAAAAGACUGUGUUAGUACAUAUCAAUUUAUUUUUCGAGAAGAAACCGUCCUAAUCAGCUUUCAAAAUUAGAAAAGUAAAUGAUCUAAUUAAACAUCUAAACUAGCUGAUCAUGAACCAACACCGAAAAACCAGCAGGUGAC